ACCAUUGCCCUUUUGGCUGGAGGGAUUCAAGUGGGAGUAUAUCAGUUUGCAGAAAUGCUUUGUGGGUGUUUGAUGAAAGGCGCAACAUAGUGGCUCUUAGCUUUAGAGUUGCUUCUAGCUGUGCUUGGAUUACUUUAAGUAGUGCUAGUGGGUCAGUUUCUCUGAGUCCCUAUCUUCAAAAAGGGCAAAAAGGAGGAACCAAGGAACUAUAGAUCUGUCAGCCUAACAUCAAUCCAGUGGCAUCACUAGCCAGGUACGGGGAGUGCGGACCGCACCAGGGUGACACCAUGAGAGGGGGGUGUCACACAGAGUAGGGUUGCCAUAUUGCCCGGUUAGCCGGGUUUUACCUGGAUUCUUUGCAUGCCACCUGGCACCCGUUUAGCCCGUUAGCUGGCCCGGAUUCUCAGCUUUCAUUUAAAAAAGAAAUUAAGUUUCUAGGUGGUCCGGUUCUCGAGAUAUACAUAAAAACGUCAGCCCCCCCGUUAAAUAUUUUUUGUUAAACUACUGUAUAGCACUUCAUAGCUUUAUCCCCGCACGUUCAGGAUUGCAGCCAAUCAGUGAAGCGUUUGGUUGACCUGUGGCAGUGUCUAGUAAACCUCAUUGCAAGGCCAGAAAAUGGUGGUUUCCCCCCCUAUUUAUCUGAAAAUCUCAUAAAUUGGAAAACGCAACUCUGAGCUGACGACUCCCUUUGCGAGUGACACAUCUGCAUGUGACAAGCACUGAUGGUGUUUCAGAACUCCGGAUCUGGGAUGCUUCAGUCUCUGAAUGAUGCAUCAUAUGCUGAGCAUCACCUUCAUGUCCAUGGGAACCAUUUACCAUCUCCUUCUGUACCAGGAAGGCCUAGUCUCACCUUUCCACCAUCUCACUGCAGAGCUCCAGGAAUACCUGAGGCAACUCUGGGCCUCAGUCUGGAUGAUUUCAUCCCAUCACACCUCCAGAAAAAAUCAUCUUUUGUCAAUAGCACGAAUCCAACAUCUCCUCAGGCUACAUCUACUCCACAGACUGUGAGGGCUCCUUCGAAGCGCAGAGUUCCAGUGAUUCGUAAUUGUGGUUCUAAUACCUUGAAUUUUGAGUUCCAUGACACAACCCCCCGCACUGUGUACAAUGGGAUAUCCCAACCAUGGAAAACAACCCAAUGGAGCUCAGCAAAUAACUGGUAUCCAACCUGGCCUGCUAAAGAAGUUAGACCACUGAAAUCACAAGCAGCACCUAUUCUCCGCCCAGGUGGUUCAGCCACUGGCACAGCUGUGAAUGGGACAACACAGCCAGGCUGGUCGGCCACCUGGACAAAAGAUAGCAGGAAGAAAGAAAAACGCUGGGUGAAGUACGAUGGGAUUGGACCAGUGGAUGAGUCAGGAAUGCCCAUCGCUUCACGAUCGAGUGUGGACAGCCCCCGGGACUGGUAUCGGAGCAUGUUCCAGCAGAUCCACAGCAAGCUUCCUGAACCAGAACUGGAUUGGGAUUUCUCCUACAACUCUAGAGAUCCCAAACCUCCAGGGUUCAUGCAGAAAAGGCGAUCUCCAGACCUGAUGUCAAGCAGUUCACCAUGUCAACAGAAUAGCUUGGAUUGGAAAAAUUGGGAAGCAGCUCAUGCUCUCGCCAUGGAGCCCAGGAGCAUUUUCGACUAUGAACCUGGGAAGUCAUCCAUCCUCGAUUAUCCCAGCUCGCCUAAGAAGCCCCUUGUGGCAUCUUCAGCUCAAUGCCUGCCACCCUCCCCACCAAUCGAGGAGUUACUGGAAAAGGAGCUGGAGCAGCUCAGUGAAGAGCUUGACAAGGACCUUAGAGCCAUUGAGCUACGACAGCUUGCUCUUAAGUGUUCUUCCUCGGCCACUUCCUCCGCCUGCGCCUCUUCUCCGGUCUUUCCUGCCCGCCGCCCACUGCCUGGCAACAGUGCCUAUCCUUCCACAGGACAAAGCCUCCUGGUAGGCCAGUGCUACUUGCCAGCCAGCCCUAGAAUGGAGAAAGGAAGCCCAGGCAUUGCCAGGAAUAACUGGAGCAGCUCUCCACCCAUGAAUGAUCCUCUGAGGCUUGUUGGGAAAAGUCCCUUUCUUGAUUCUUCAGAAAUUGUCUUGGAUAGUCCCCCAAAGAGAGAUGAGAAGAAGAUGAAAGCCGCUCGCCUCAAAUUUGACUUCCAGGCAGAGUCGCCAAACCCAACACUCCAGCCUAUCAAGGUCCCUUUGAAUUUUGUUUCAUGGGAACUAACCUUGCAGAAGGGUGACAUUGUCUACAUCCACAAGGAAGUGGACAGAAACUGGCUUGAAGGCGAACACCAUGGCAGGGUGGGCAUUUUUCCCACCAAUUAUGUGGAGGUCCUGCCUCCAACAGAAAUCCCCAAGCCUAUCAAAUCCCCCACCAUCCAAGUCCUGGAAUACGGAGAAGCUGUAGCUCAGUACAACUUCAAAGGCGACCUGGCGGUAGAGCUGUCAUUUCGGAAGGGUGAGCGCAUCUGUCUGGUCCGCCGAGUGGAUGGAAAUUGGUAUGAAGGCCGCAUCUCUGGCACCAACCGCCAGGGCAUUUUCCCAGCCAACUACGUGCAGGUGGUGAAGGAGCCGAGAGUGAAGAACUCGGAGGAGUUUCCUUCCUCUCCAGGCCUCCAGGUCCGUUCUGGCUCACCAUCCCAGCCGCAUUCCCCUAGCUUGGGCAGCAGGUGGCAGUCCGAUACCUUGCCUUUGAGCCUGCAAGGUUCCCUGGCUGCAGACGUGCUGUCCUCCUCCUCUAGCCACUCUGGAUUUACUUUCCCUGCAUCCCCAAAGUUUGAACACACAGAGGCCGUGCCCUGCAAACCUCAGAGCACACCCAGAGCUGCGUCGUUCAGUCCCCAGAACCAGAGCCCAGUCGGAACAUCCAGGAGCAGCCCACAGCCAGCCUCAUCCUUCCAGAUACAGGAGCCACUACAGCCUGCUGCCCCAACCUUGGCUUCACAACCGCGAGCUUUCCUCCCACUACAGGCAGCUGCUCUUCAGGCUUCAAAAUCCUGCAGCACUGGGCACGCCUCCGAAGCUCCCCAGUCCAACAUACAGUGGACCCCGUACCAGGCGCUCUAUCAAUACAGACCUCAGAAUGAGGAUGAGCUGGAGCUUCAUGAAGGGGACCGAGUGGAUGUCAUGCAGCAAUGUGAUGAUGGCUGGUUUGUGGGUGUGUCUAGAAGAACACAAAAAUUUGGCACUUUCCCUGGAAAUUAUGUUGCGCUUGUGUGACUGCUCCUUGACCAACCCCUUGUGUGCCAAGUGGAAACUGAGUCAGAAUCUUCUCCUGCCCUUGUAUCCGGUUUCCUUGGAGAGGUGUCUUGCAAUCUGUAGAUAAGGAGCAGAAAGAGGGAGAUGGUGUUGAGAGCCAGCUUUGACCUCAAGUUGUGUUCAAGCAAGGUUUUCCCGUUUGUCAUCUGGAAUCCUCUGUUCCUUGGCCACUGUCUUCCAGUUCUGUGUCUUGGCUUCCUUGUAUGGGGUGAUUGCAGUCUUAAUUCUUUUUUUCCAGUAUUUAUGAAGCUUCAUUCUUGCCACUCUUUCCAUGACACGUAAGAGAUUUGGGUUGAGCAGACAAUGCAGAUAACCCCCUGGGCCCUUUACCUGCAGCCCCAACUGAGUUUCCUCUUUGUGAAGAAAUCUGGGAGUGUCAUCUCUUCUGCUCUCUCUCAUAGCAGCAACACAAGGCGGAAGUGGACUGUGACCCUAUGACCCAAAUACUGCAUUGGUGUUUUGGAGACUGUGUAACCAAUGUCCCAGCACAAUUGAUGGGCUGCUUGGACCACCUGAGCACCCGCACCCCUCUAUGUGCUCUGCAGGAACCCUUGGACCCUGCCAAGAGGAGGCUGUGCCACUAACUGUAUGCAGUGUGAGAGACUGCAUGGCCACCAGUAUUACCAUUUUUGAACCUUGUUUAACCUUCCUCAAAGGCUUUGCCUGCUGGACUUUCUUCCAAAUGACCUGUCCAUCUAAAGGACUCAUUUAAGAAGUUUGAUCUGAAAUGACUUGCAAUCAUUCCCCUUUCUUAUCAGAGUUAGCAAAUUCAUAGGCCUACUGCACUGCUGGGGCCCAGUUUGGGCAUUCCUUCAGCUUAAAUUGUCUGUUCCCCCUUGAGAUGCACCCUUCUUACUGCUGAGCUGCAUUUUGAACACUUGUUGCAAAGAGUUUAAUAUUGAUUCUUAUCGUUGGAGUCAUAGGAGAGAAACAAAGGGGAGGGGGGUCACUCCUCUUACAGUUACUGACAUUUGUGCUGGUGGCCCCAAGCAAAAAGCAAUGAGGGUAUUACUGCUUUUGCAUAAGCCCCCAUUGUCCGCAGCUCCUUUCUGAAUAUGACAGCAACAGAAGCCAGGGACCACUACAGAUGUGCAGGACUUCCGUCCUCUCACUGGAAAUCUUGGCCUGUUUGCCGAAACCUUUCAUCUUCUUGAUCUUUCCAUUCUGGUGGUCUCCUUUCAUCUCCAAAGUCAGGGGUCAAGAUCGGAGGGAGAUUUCUAGGUUUAAACUAUCCUCUAGCAGCUGGAGUCUAGCCACAGCAUGAGUUCUCAAAUGGCUGGGGAUAUGCAGCUGUGGAGUCAGAGUAAAAGAAGACAGUGGGGGGAUUGUAUCAGGCCAAGAACACUGAGACGUCUGUGCCUCCUGCAGCCUCUUGCCCAGUGCUAACAGUGCUGUUCUCCCUACUCCAGCUAGGCAGUGCUGUGUGUGUUGAGACAGGCCCAGCCACUGGAGAGAGAGCGUGCAGGUUGAGACCAGCCCUGCUGGAGCUGAUUCUCUCCUCAGUAUAAACAGGCUUUGUUUUCAAGAAAUAGCUUGGCAACAUCUUGCAGGUUCAGACUCGGCAUCCUACUUCGGUGGUUUUCAGAUUCCCUACCUUCAGGGAAGCCUUUCCUGCUCCCCCCCCCCCCGGUAUGCCUGUGCCUCAGAAGCCAGCACAUUGCAGAGGAUUCUGGCACUUGUUCUAAGUCUCACAGUGCACUGGCCAAGCCUACUCAUCCUCCCUAUUUAGGGCCAGCCGUACCAUGAGACAAAGUGCCUCAGGUGGCAGCUGCUUGGAGGGCCCACAGUGGCAGCCCCUCCCCAACAAUUCCCCUCUGGAGAUCAGAGCUGUGUGCCACAGGUGGGGAAUGCAGAGAAUUCAAACAAAAAGAGGAGUGGAAAUUGCCGAUGUUCACUUAUUCAUCCUGUGUCCAGAACGGAAAUCAAUCCAGCGAAUAUGAUCGGCAUUGACUGUUGGUUGCAGUCUGCAAAUGACACAUCAUUGGUUACAUUGCCACCCACCCCGUUUGCAUUGCAUUUCCUUUGCAUCAAAUGAAUGGUGUGGAAUAACGUUAUGGCAAGGUCACUUACGUGAUUUAACGUAAUUUUGUCACAGCAGAGAGCAAGACAAACAAUGUAGUUUUUAGUGGAAGGCUUAAGUGCAAGGGAAUGGAAAUAAUGCUGCAUGUAACAAAUAUAGGGCAAAAGAUGCCUUCGUACUUCCCUAGCCAUUAAAACCAGCUUGCACUGGACGAUGCUAUCUCUUUGCUAUCCCUUUGCUAUCAAGUGUCUCAGUCCAUUCAACUUCUGUGCGUGGAAUUGAAGGGGAGCACCAUCUUGUUGUUUGGCUCAAGUGGUGAAAUGUCUUGAGCCAGACCUGCUUUACCAACCCAUAGAAAGUGAGAGCGAAGCCUGAACGUCCUCAUCACUCCCCUUGAAGCAGCACGUUUGCAGGGGGAGAUUGGUAGUGACUGACUGGCAAGCUUUCCUUUUGGAGAGUUUGCCUCUCAUUACUGAUCUUGUUGACAACUGCUGAGGAGCUUGUGAGGACCCCAACCACUCCCACCCCCCAAGUCUGAAAACUGCAGACCUAGCCUGUUGGAUAAAGACUGUUGAUCUCCCUACCUAGACAGGGGGAUUCUGUGGAGAUGUGUUACGGCUGUGGUGUACACCACCACUAGACUUGGUCAGCUUGUAUAAGGAGAGUGUCUGUUUUGUUCACUCUGGGAAAAGAGGAUUGUCAUUAUUGCCUGUACAGCUUGUCCUGCCAAUAAAAUGUUGCUGAGCUAAA